GCCUUCGGCGGGACUCACUGCGGCUGCUCAGUAAGCCAAGGUAGGGCAAUCCGGUUUGCAACCCGCCCCUGCAGCGGAGGUGCUGGCUGAAGCCUAGGGCGCGGCGUGUCCCUGCCUGGCCUGUGCGGCUAGGUGCACUUCAGAGGUUUAGGGGAGCACCAAGGAAGACGAGCACACAGGGCUGUGCCGCUGUGUGCUUACUCCUCAAUCCCCGACAUCAAGGCUGCUUUUAAGCUCCAGGGUGUUUUUUCCUUGUCCUGUCACCUCCCAGUCCCUGGCCCAACAUGAUACUGACCAAAGCCCAGUACGAGGAGAUUGCCCAGUGCCUAGUGUCUGUGCCGCCCACCAGGCAGAGCCUGAGGAAGCUGAAGCAGAGGUUCCCCAGUCAAUCGCAGGCCACUCUGCUGAGCAUCUUCUCCCAGGAGUACCAGAAACAUAUUAAAAGAACACAUGCCAAACAUCACACGCCAGAAGCGAUUGAAAGUUAUUACCAGAGGUACCUGAAUGGAGUGGUGAAAAAUGGAGCUGCCCCAGUGCUCCUGGAGCUGGCCAAUGAGGUGGACUACGCACCUUCAUUAAUGGCUCGGAUUAUACUGGAGAGGUUUCUACAGGAGCACAAGGAAACUCCACCCUCCAAGUCUGUUAUAAAUAGUAUGCUACGGGACCCUUCUCAGAUUCCAGAUGGAGUUCUAGCAAAUCAGGUCUAUCAGUGCAUUGUGAAUGACUGCUGUUAUGGACCACUGGUGGACGGCAUCAAACAUGCCAUUGGUCAUGAACACGAAGUCCUAUUGAGGGACUUGCUUCUAGAGAAAAACCUGUCCUUCCUAGAUGAAGAUCAGCUCCGUGCAAAAGGAUAUGACAAAACGCCAGACUUUAUUUUACAAGUACCAGUUGCUGUGGAAGGGCACAUAAUUCACUGGAUUGAAAGCAAAGCCUCAUUUGGUGAUGAAUGUAGCCACCACGCCUACCUGCAUGACCAGUUCUGGAGCUACUGGAAUAGAUUUGGGCCAGGCUUAGUCAUCUAUUGGUACGGAUUUAUCCAGGAGCUGGACUGCAACCGGGAGAGGGGCAUCCUGCUCAAAGCCUGUUUCCCCACGGACAUUGUCACCUUAUGCCAUAGCGCCGUAGCUUGACCCCGAAGAUCCUGGAAGAGAUGCUGGGAGGAAAAGGUGAAUCCGGAAGCAAUUUUACUUUCCUGCCGUGUAAACUCCUGGCAACAUCUGCCCUGAACUUCAGCUGAACUCUUGCUGCCGGUGGUCACACCACUACCUUCUAGACAAACAUAUCAAGAGUUUCUGUUUUCCUUCAUCCCUUGCUGAUGUGAACAGCCAAGAACCACAGACACAACCCACUCAUUAUCAGCA